CCGGGAACUUUCCGAAUGAGCACUGACAACCAAAGCGCAACUUUUCACCCAGGCAAAGGGAAAUCAAGCCGCGCACUCGGACGAAAUAUAGUUCCACGUUUUCAACUCAGAGUCUUAAAAAUAAAGCCGUGCGAUUCGGAGAGGUCGGGUAGGCUUUUGCCGUGCGGAUUUCGGAGUGGAUCUAUGUGACCGCUGAAAUCUUUAGAUCGCCUUUUGAGCACUUUUGUUAAUCCUGGCGUAAAGUGGGUGAUGAGUCUCGCGGCCAGUAAAGAAGCGAGAACUUGCUGUGCAGCCCGAGUAGUUCUUGCGAUUGUUAUUGUUGCUUUAAAAAUAUUUGUAUUACGCCACAAAUAACGCGAAUCGCGUCGAAAGUGGGGGAAAAGUGCUUCUGGAGUCGGAAUAUGGAGCUACAAGGCCUUCAAGAAGCAUUGAAAGUAGAAGUCCAAUGUCAUCAGAAGCUCGCUGUCAGGAGUUGUCCUGUGGGGACGGUCGCCAAACCCCUCGCCCUCAUCAAGCCGCCCAGCCAGAGCAUCGCCAUCUCUGUGGUGCCGGCGAAGACUCCUGUUUCCAUGGUGACAGCACACAUUAAUGGACAAAAGGCGUUGAGUUCUGAGACGCUCCAGACGUCCCCCAUCAACCUCCAAACACCCGCUGGACAGCACAUCAGCCGCUCACAGAUGUUGGGAGCCCUCACUGCGAUCCCGAUAAAGGUGCCUCACAUCAGCUCUCUGCAGCGGCUGGCAGGACACUCAGCCAGUGUGCUACCUCAGGUCAGGCCAAAGACUCUUAUUCCAGACAGCCUUCCCCACAGCCCAUGCCGAGAGCAGCAGUCCGGUCAAACGCUGGCCGUGCUGCAGAGCAUGGCUGUGGUCAGCCCAAAGAGCCAAGGUGCAUCUUUGCCAACUGCCAACAGCACCUUCAGUCACGAGAGACUCUCCAACGGGCAGGAAGAGAGUUCCUCCUUGCCCUUGUCUGCGCCAAACACAUCCACAGCAUCUGCAAGUCAAGGGGUGGCUUACGCCAUCAUCUCAGCGGCCUCGCCAGUAGCCCAUGGAGUGUCAGGAGUAACCGAGGCCAUUAAGGUGCAACCACUGAUUUUCAGCCCUGACAGCAAGGUAAUAAUCAUUCAGCCCCAGAUUCCCAGCAACUCCAAGAGUUCUCCGACCUCACAAACUAACAGUCCUGUGAAGGAGCCAAGCCCUGACCCCUCGACCCCAGCUAAAAAGGAGGAGGAACCAGAGAAAAUUGCCUUCAUGGUCGCACUAGGCCUGGUCACCACAGAACACUUGGAAGAGAUCCAGAGUAAACGGCAGGAGAGAAAAAGGCGAAGCACAGCUAACCCUGCGUACAGCGGACUGUUUGAACCAGAGCGCAAACGACUUGCCUCCAAUUACCUGAACAGUGCGAUGUUUCUGUCGGCGAGAGACUCUGAGGAGCUCUGCUGGAAGGAGGAGCGGCAGCAUGAUGAUCACUGUGCAGUGUGUAAACAGGAAGGAGAUCUUCAGCCGUGCCACACUUGUACCCGCGCCUAUCACCCUGACUGCCUGCAUCCACUUCUCAAAACUGCCACCAGGGGCAUAUGGAUGUGCCCCAAGUGCCAGAAGAAAGUUUUGAACAAAGAGAACCUGUCUUGGCCCCAGAACUUCAUCCAGUCGUAUGUUACACAUAAAACAGUGAGAGAGGAGGAACGCAGGAAGCUAAUGAGGAGAAACACUGAGCUGAAACUAGAGUGUGAACAUCUGAGUGAAGAGGACAAGAACCUCUACGAUGCUCUCACUAAAUGCGUUGAGCAGAAGGAGCAUCUUUUGGGUCAGAAACGGGAGACUCAGACGUCCCUUGAGCGUCUCAAGACUCUGAUCCGACUCAUCCAGCGUGACCAGAUGAUCCAAGUAACUAUGACGGCCACCACCACCACCGGAGCGUCGCUGCUCUCGCUGCCGUGGAUCAAAGCCUCGGGCACCAGCUCCACAGCGCCAACAGCUGGCUCCUCCGCAGUACUGCACAAAACCACACUUCAGCCGCACGGCAACAACUGACUCCCAAACCCACACAAACACACAGAACAACUCUCGCUACAAGACCACCGAACGUCUUUGUAAAGAGACACGGACGCUGAUAUCUAACCAACGUGCAUUUUCUUCUGGUAACGUCUUACCAUAAAACAGUGGACACGAUUAUGAGCGUCACUCAAUUCAUACGUAUUUUUUAAAGCCAACACACAGUGCUCACAAGAUUUUUUUUUUUAUUCCCCGUUUUUUUAUGUAUUAUUUUUCUUGGCCUUAAUGUAUUUAUGACUAGAUUACGAUGCAGUCGCAAGUAUAUGAAAUAAGUAUUCUACAUAGUUAGAAACAUUUCUUUUUUUUUACUGGGGUUUGGUGUGUUUGCGUAUCGGGGGGAAUAAUCGUUUCGCGUUUAGUUAUCGAGAAGGUUAGCGUAGUUAUAGCUGAAGACAAGCGACAUAUGAAACGAAGAGCACUGUACAUUGAUAUAUCGAAUAAACAUUUGUUUGAUUUAUUUUUUUUGAUGAACAAUGUUUGCCAUAAUAAUUCAGGUUAAAGUGAGACAGGGAAAUGUUUUCAUUUUGUUCAUUUUGUGUGUACUUGUGAGCAUACAAACUUAAAGAAACAACAACAUGAGAUAAUUUUUCAGUAUUAAUAGAGAUAAAAGAACAAAGUAUUUACGAUAACAACAGAAUUUAGCCUUUUUAGUGAAGAGUUUAGUAUUUUCAUGCCGAUGCCUGUUAAUGAUUUUCAAAGUAUUGGAGUGAGGGAUUUUUGUACAUAUAUGAUUCUUCUUUUAUUUCGGCUCUCCCAACAACACAAAUGAAAAGGCCAUUUGAGUUCUUUGAGUGCCUGAUCCCGGAAUCCAAAAACUUGUUUUGUCUCCCCAGUAUUUAAAAUAUGCCAAAAACCCUUGAGUGUUUUUUUACCGUUAACUGUAUAAUGUCUUCAUCUCAUCUCGCUUUCUCUGAAGUGUUUCAUGUUUUCAUUUUCGUAUUUCACGUCACUCCAGGAUUAUAACAAGUUGCAUUAUUAUUAUUAUUAUUAAUUUAUUCUUUUUUAGAUGUUAGAAGUGAACACUGCCUGAUGAAUAAAAGUAAAGAAUUCAUAUCUAAAACACUCAGUGGCGAAAAAUAUGGGAUAAUUUGAAUGGUACUUAUUUGGAGGGAAAGUUGAGCAUGUACAUUUGAGUGGAUUGUCUUCCUGUGUGGUUCGAAAAACAAAAAGAAGUAAAUAAGAAAUAACAAGUCAUACACGGUUAACGACAGCACUAUCAAUCUCAACAAAGAAUAUUUCAUAAAAAAAAAAAAAAACAUUUUUAGUUUUGAUUUAGUGUUACAUAAUAAAUACCAUUAUUAUACAUGUGUAUCUUUAAGGGCUAACAGAAUUGUAUUUAACCAUAUUAGGAGUACAAUUAGUUUUUUCUUUCUCCAGUUUAAAAUAUAUAUCUACUGAAAUUAAAAAUUGUCUUUUGUGUGACAUUUUCUAUGAAGUCUGUAUAUGUUAUGUAAUAUUAUGUGGUAACAUUAUACUGUGUCUACAUCGGACGCGAGCGGAAUGACGCGACGCGACAAAAUACAAGUCAAGUCAAGUCGCCUUUAUUUAUAUAGCGCUUUAAACAAAAUACAUUGCGUCAAAGCAACUGAACAACAUUCAUGUGGAAAACAGUGUCUCAAUAAUGCAAAAUGAUAGUUAAAGACAGUUCAUCAUUGAAUUCAGUGAUGUCAUCUCUGUUCAGUUUAAAUAGUGUCUGUGCAUUUAUUUGCAAUCAAGUCAACGAUAUCGAUGUAGAUGAAGUGACCCCAACUAAGCAAGCCAGAGGUGACAACCGAAUCUGUAUGUGGAUGUGGCACGGCGCGACAAAUUCCCGACAGUAAACUGCUGCUGCGUUCUAUUUAUAAUGUGCUGACACAAAUCUCUAAUGAUUUUCAACGGACGCUUUGUCACGUCUAGUGUAGAGAGACUUUAGCUGUCGCGUCAGGUGUAGACACAUUACAGUCAGGUUCUGUAUGCUAGCAUAUGCUAUUGCAUUAACUAUUAAAAACUAAAACUAUAAAGCUAUAUUCUUAUAAUACCUUUUGUUAUUUAUGUAAUUUAUAAAUAUUGAAUUGUUAGCUCAUGUUAGUUCUCUAUCCAGAAUUAAACAUAUUUGUAGUUUCAAAUUUUUUUCUCCUUCUAUUUUUGUUUUGUUGCUAUUACAGAUUAGAAAUUAAAACGAACCAAGAUUAAUUCAUGUAAAAAAGUAUUAAUGUCAAAUUAUUUUAUAACAGAUAAAAAGUUAUAAAUAAUAUACAAAAUAUUUCAGUACUUAUUAAUGGUCAGUACAAUGCAUUCAACGAGAUCAACGCUGUUGUUGUUUUGUGUCCGAUAUUUAAAAGGUAUAACCAUAAGUAUUUAUUGUAUAUAUUAUGAAGCAUUUUCUAUACAGACAUCAUAAAAAGUGUUUUUUCAUCUGACACAAUCUCUUUCAGUUUCUGUAUUAUCAUAUUCAGAAUGUAACUGGACUGCAUAUCAUCUGUUGUAACAGUCGCUCCUAUAAAGUUCAGACUGCGUUGAGAUCAGUAGAAGAAAAAAACAAAAAAAAGUGAACACCCCUAAUUUACUUAACACUUGUUUUUAGAAAAGAAUUUCUGGAAAUGAAAUGGUUUUUAUUUUAAAGUAAUUAGUCUUGUUCUACAGAUGUUUACUUGUUUUUUGUUGGACGACAAGAUGAUACUGAUUAUGAAAAUAACAUAUGGCAGGGCAGAGGGAAUAUUAGCCCUUUCCAUGAAUAUUCAAGAUAUUUUUAUUAAUAUUUCUUCAUGUACUAUCUGUAUUUAUUUUGUAUUUAAUUUAUUGAUUUGUUAUUAAACUGUACCUGUGCUCUGUUCUUCAUAUCACUUCCAUCUGCAUUGCUGCACUUCCCUGAUGGUGUUCACCCGCUGUCGCCCAUGUUCCAGAUAUCCUCUCCGGGAGAAACUGUGCAGUGCUUAUACAGAUCUAUUUUACUACACUCAACACUACGUUGAACAAAAAUCAAAUUAUAUUCUUUUAUCAAUGAACAAAUGAAGGGAAGACAAAACAUUUUUUAUUGUUUGCUAAUUAUGCAUUUUGACUUAGCUUGCGAUGUGUGACGUGUCCUUUUGCAGUGGAGAAGGAAGCCAAGCGAAGCGGUUAAGACAACCCAGAGGUGUUUAGCUAGAUGUCUUUGGACUGUGUUUUUCUUCGUCAUUCUGAAGGGGACUGUCCAGUGGAUAGUACAUAUAGAAGAGUGUUUGUCUUACAUAUGCCAAUGUAGUUUUUACAUCAUCUUAUGAUCUAUUAAAGUUGAGUGAUGGAAGUUCAUCAAUUGUAA